UUGACGUUCCGAACCUCAGAACGCACACUUUACGUCGUUCAGUCAAUCCACUGGUCAAUAAAAAAAUUGUGGUGUUAAUUUGGAGGUUUUUUGUUGAUACGUGGUGGGUGCUACGAUGAGGUCUGACACAAAUUCCACUCGUGAGUCUCGGAAAUUUAGAUAAACAACAGGGACACCUUUCAGAGGCUUCAGAUCAUUUUUCGGGACGAUAUAUCGACUUCAUCAUGACGGAGAGUCUGAUCAAUGAGUGGCUGAUCGACUGUGCUGAGUACUCGACGAGUGAAUUGAAGAGUUUCGCCAGCACUCUGGCACAGGACAGCGAGAUUGUUCGGGCUCUCUAUGUUUUAUUGGAGGAGAGGAGCAAGUACAAUGAGCUAGUGGACACUGUCUGCAAUCAGCUGUUCGAUUUCUAUCGCUCACGAGAGAUCGAACUCCAGAGGUUCACUCUCCAGUUCGUUCCUACUCUUAUCUUCAUUUACCUGAACUCUGUGGCACAUGGGGACAUCAAGAAUUGUCGAUCUGUCGAGACACUUCUGAUUGGUCUCUACAAUCUGGAAGUCGUGGACAAGAAUGGAGAGCCCAAAUCCGUGUCUUUCAGGCUUCCAUCACUGGCUAUGCUGUCUAUUUAUCAUGAGCCAUCAAGCCUGGCACCAGCAUCCCUAACCGAAAGUGCAGUUCGUCGUUUUGAGGAGUGCAAUUCAAAACUAGUAAGCUGGGGUCCACUCCAGCAAGUGGAGACUCUCAAUGCCCAGAACCGUCUCAAGGUCAUGACAGCACUUCUGUUUAUUUAUAAUCAACAGUUGAGUUACAUCAAUAAAUCAGCGCUGGAGCAGUUGUGCAAAGUGGCGACAAAACUCGUCACCCAGGGGUUCAUGAAACCAGGACACCAUCAACGCUCGUCCUACAGUGAAUCGAGUUUUGUCCCUCGCCUCCUCCCACGCAUUCCAGUGUCGAAUCAAUUUCUGUUGGAGUUUCUUCAUGGAAUUUAUUUUGCUAUGUACAAUGAUUGCUGGUACGUGGGUUGUCAGGCAGUGGAAGAUGUGCACAAUAGGGCAUGUUAUGACACAUAUCCUGAUGUUAUGCUGGUGACAAAUGCGAUAAGAAACUCUAGCAGCUCGGGACCUUCUGGACAACCUGGAGACAGUGCAAUGGGCACAGGGGUCGCCCUAUCACCAGCGACAGCUACACCAACGAUAUCCAAGUCAAUGAUCACGAAUGCCUCUUUCAGGACGAAGAAAUUGCCAGAUGAUAUCCCGAUAAUAGCGAAGGAAGAGGGCAGCGGGGAUGCAAAGGCAAACCUGGUGUCGAUAACUGAGGAGGGAGAGGGCGGGGACCCCUCGAGAGCCGGCUCGAUCCGCCAGUCGACGGGCAAAAGUGCAUCGAAAAUCUCGAAUUUCGGUUUAUCGAAGAAGCCGAAAGAUAAGGACGGAAAAUCCGCGAAGAAUGGCUACGUCCAGGGGACUGAGAAGGAGAAGAAGUCGAGUGGACAGAUGUCGAAGGAGAGCGUGCGGGGCAGUCGGCCAAUGCUCAAUAGUGACGAGGUAGACGCCAAUGGGGCUGCUGGAAAAAAGAAAAAUGAUGGCGAUAACAGCACCAUUGUCGAGCAUGAGAAACAUCUGUCUGCUGAUGUGUCAGAGUCCGUAGAACUCGAGCCUGCGAUCGGCCACAGGCACGAGUCAGACAAUAUUCCAUCGUCAGUCCAAGUCAGUUCAGUUUGAGGAGUUGGUUUUUUAAAUUAAUUAAAUGUCGCUCGAGGAUCAUUUUAGUUGUCGAGUCCUAGGGAUCAAUUGACGUCGAAGAAUCAUUCGUUGGAUAAUGUUUCUGGAUUUUUUAACUGUCUAUGAUAUCACUGCCACCUCAACAUUAAUAGAAGUAGCCGAGAGGGUUAAGGAAUUUUUUCAAAGUCGAUAGACAUUUCGAAUCAGUUUUUUAUCGCGUUUUCUACGUUCGAUGGUUUUUUUUUGGUGAUUGUUUCGGAAUUUUAGGGGAGGAUUCGGUGAAUUGGUGGAACUGCGGACCUGACUCCAGUUAUCAAUGUAUAUAUUCAGAUUUAUCUUGUUGAACGUUGUAAAUUUUGUUCAGAUAGUUCGUUAGGAUUUCAAAUGAGAAAUUAGUAGUUAGUAUGCCUUUAACGAACCGUUGAGCCUGUUCAUAUUAUGUAAAUACGUCGAGGUUAACCGUGUACUAAUUACUCUUCAGAAUCAAAUCGUCUUCACCCAAUUUUAGCUAUAAAAAGUUGGCCUUUUCAGUGUUAUAGAAUCGAUGUGACAUUUCAAAUGUGUAUAUAACAAAUUUUCAAUCUUCGGGAGUCGACACGAGAGCCAAAAUUGUACUUAAAUUGUCGGUAACAGAUUAUUUUUCUUAUUUAACGAUUCCGUCAAAAUGUUUGUCUGGCUCUUCAAUGAAAAAUUCAAUAUAUCGCAUUAUUAAUUUCCGAGAUAUUUCAGGAGUAAAUUAAAAUGCGCAAUUCAUCAAAAUAAUGAGAAUUCAAUAUUAAAAAUACUGUAAAAAUAACGAUUUAUUUCGAAAUAUUAAAAUGUAUCAACUACGGAGAAUCACAAAAGUAAUAAAUUCCAAUUAACUCAUCCCAGAAUUCUGAGCAUCUUAUCGUAAAAUAAUGUGAGAGUUCAAUAUGAAACUAGUCGACGUUUUGAUCUCAUUCGAGAUCCUCUUCAGGACUUCCCACUCUUCAUUAAUCUGUGAGUAACGACACAAUUAUUAAAAUGAAAAUAUUAAAAAUA